AUGCGUCUGCAGCUACAGACGGUCUCCGACCCGCUGGGGCCGCGGUCCAUGGCGCUCGACGGGCUGUCGCGGUACGAGCUGGUCGAGGCGGUCAAGAGGCUCCAGGCGGAUCACGAAAACUACAGACGCGAAGUGGCAUUCCAGAAGGACCUGCUGGCGUCGGUGGGGCAGGCCGUCAUCUGCACCGACCUCGCCGGCACCAUCACCUACUGGAACAAGGCGGCAGAGAUGAUGUACGGGUGGAGUGAGGGCGAGGCGCUGGGACGGCUAAUCAUGGAGGUGACGCCGGCGGACACGACGGUGCAGCAGGCGGAGGAGAUAUUCGGCGCGCUCAGCAAAGGGGAGGUGUGGACCGGCGAGUUCCUCGUCAGGCGCAGAGACGGCUCGCCCUUCCCCGCCAUGGUGACGGACACGCCGAUUCUAGACCCGGCGGGGCAGCUGGUGGGGGUGAUCGGCGUGUCGGCGGACAUCAGCGACCUGAAGCGCAAGGAGGGCGAGAUCCGCGCGCUCAACGCCGCGCUGGAGGAGCGCGUCGUGGAGCGCACGGAGCAGCUGCAGCGCAGCAACGAGGCGCUGCGGCGAGAGAUCGAGGAGCAUCUGCGCGCGAGGGAGCACCUGCAGCGAUGCAUCGAGGACUUGGAGCAAUCGCGCAGCCGCAUAUCGCAGCAGUCGGCGGUGCUGGAGCGCAUGGUGGCGGAGCUGCGCGAGGCGCGCACGGAGGCGGAGUCCGCGAGCCGCCUCAAGUCGCAGUUCCUGGCGUCCAUGAGCCACGAGAUCCGCACCCCCAUGAACGGCGUGCUCGGCAUGACGCGGCUGCUGCUGUCGACGCCGCUGUCGGAGGAGCAGCACGGGUUCGUGGACACGAUUCGCAGCAGCGGCGACGCGCUGCUGGCGAUCAUCAACGACAUUCUGGAUCUGAGCAAGAUCGAGGCGGGCGAGCUGGAGAUGGAGCACCGCGACUUCGACGUCACCGCGUGCGUCGAGGACAGCGUCAACCUGCUCGCGGUGCGAGCCAUGGAGAAGCGAAUCGAGCUGGUGAGCGAGGUGGACGAGAGUGUGCCGCGCGUGGUGAGGAGCGACGCCACGCGGCUGCGGCAAGUGCUGGUGAACAUCGUCUCCAACGCCACCAAGUUCACCCACCACGGGGACGUGCACGUCUCCGUCACCGCCCACUGCCUCGGGGACCGCCCCGACUUGCUCCAGCCCGCUGCUGCCUGCACGCCCGCCCAGGGAGGGGUCGCGGAUGCCCCAGCAGACGGGCAGCAGGAGCAGCAGCAGGCGGGCGGCAGUGGCGGCAGCAGCAGCGGCGGGUGGGGCGGCCGGGGCCUGAGGGACACAGGGCGGGGCCUGGCGGCGGGCGAGGUGGAGCAGGCGCUAUCUGCGGGGUACCGGUGGCACCGCGUGGUGGUGAGUGUGCGCGACACGGGCAUUGGGAUCUCCGCGGACCGCCACGACCGGCUGUUCAAGCCCUUCUCCCAGGUGGACGCGUCCACGACGCGGCAGUACGGCGGCACGGGGCUGGGGCUGGCCAUCUCACAGCAGCUGGUGGAGCUCAUGGGCGGCCGCAUCUGGGCGGAGAGCGCCGGGCUGGGCCAUGGCGCCACCUUCUCCUUCUAUAUCACUGCGCUUGCACUGCCGUACCGCCCGCCCUGCUCCACGCAGGUGGGGCCUGUGGAGGGGGCUGUUGGGGACCACAUGGGGCCUGUGGGGCCGGUGGAGCCUGUGGAGCCUGUGGGACCGCCUAUGCGGGCUGUGGGGCCCGUGGUAGAUGCUGAACCCCCUGGGGCUGUGUGUGGAGGGAAGGCCCGUGAAGGGGUCUCCACGGCUCCCAAGCUGCUCUUCAGCCGAGCCGCCACCACCACCAGCACCGAGUGCAUGACAGGGGAGCAAUGUGGCCGUGACUCCGCACCCCCUCUCCUCUCACCUCGACGCUUUGCCCGCAGUGCCACUGUGCCCUGGCAGGGCCGGUCCACGUGCGUGGGCGUGCUGGCCCUCUCUCCCCCCUCCCCCUCCCCCUCCCCCUGCAUGCCCGCGUGGCUCAUCGACUCAAGCAAGCGGCGCCGCGUGGACGGCGCGGUGGGGGAGGCGGGGGUGGGCGCGCUGGAGGUGGGGCUACAGAGGGUGGCCCUGCUGGGGGGCGAUGCUAUGGGCAGGCGGGAGCAGGGCGGGAACGCUGUGAGUGUGCCGCUCGCACAGGGAAAUGGAGAUGCCGCAGGCACGCUGUUAGACCAGAGUGAGGAUGAUUAUUUGCCGCUGCAGCAGCAGCAGCAGCAGCAGCAGCAGCAGCAGCAGCAGCAGCGUCGGAGCAUGGAUUUUCCCUUCCAGACUCAUAGGCAAGCUUAUGGGGAUGCGGGCGGCAGCCAGCUGGCAUCGCCGCCGGCAUGGGUGGCAACGUGGCACGAGACCGCCGCCCGGUGCUGCGGGCGGCAGGCGAUGGUGGUGGUGGCGCAUGCAGCGACACGUGGCAUGGUGACGAGGCACCUGCAGGGGCUGGGCAUGCGCGUGAGCGCGGUGGCGGGGGGGGAUGAGGCUGACACGCUGCUGCUGGCGCAGAGGGUUGGGGGAGGUGGGGAGGAGCGGGGGGACAGCAUGCAAGGGGAUGGGAGCAGCGGGGAGAGAGGUAUGGGGGAGGUGGAGGGAGAACGGAUGCGGAGCGAGCAAGAGAGCGGGGAAGAGAGGGACGAUCGCAUGGGAGGGGAGCAGCAGGGGUGCAGAUGUGAGGGGCGGUGUGAGGGAUUUGAUUUGAUUGUGGUGGAUUCGCGGCUGGACUGGCUGCCAGCGCAGCGCUGCAGCAGCAGGCAGGGGGGAGAGUGUGGCGGCGGGCAGUGCUGCAGCAGCAGGUGUGGCGAGGGCGGCAGAGGGGCCACGAAGGUGUUGGUGCUGACGCCCUACUCCGGCAACGUGCAGCUGCCGCACGUACCAGGAGUGCAGGUGGCGGCGCUCCCCCGCCCAGUGCGCCAGAUCGCCCUCAACCGUCUCCUCUCCGCGCUCCUCCCCCCGCGCUCCCCCAACUCUCCCCCCUGCCCUCCCCAACCUGCCAACCCUGCCUCCUCCGCCGAACUUGCUGCCGAGCCUGGCACCCAACCUGCUGGCGAGCCUACCACCGUGGUUGAGAGAGGGGCGGGAGGGGGGCAGUGCAGUGCGGGAAGGGAGGAUCGGGGGGAGGGGGAGGGAGGGGAGGGGGAGGGAGUGGAGGGGUUGGGAGUUGGAAGGGGAGAGGAGCAGGAGGGGAGUGAGCGGAGCUGUGAGGCCAGUGGUGGGGGUUGCUGUGAGGGCGAGAGGGCGGAUUGUUUUGGAGGUGGGAAGGUGGCACGGAAGGGGGGGAGAGGCGAGGAGGCAAGGACAACAAGCGAGGGGAGAAGGGGUGGGGUGACUGGAGCAAGGAAGGGAGGGGAAGGUGUAGCAGCGAGAGGAGCAGGUGGCACGAUGAAGUGCGGGGCAGAGCGAGCAGGGUUCAGAGUGGGGCUGGCGGACGCUCACCCGCUCAGAAUACUGCUUGCGUACGUGCCAUGGUGUGCCAUGGGGUGCAAUGGUGUGCCAUGGGGUGGUGUGGGAUGGCAUGGGGUGGUUUGGGAUGGCAUGGGGUGGUGUGGGGUGGCGUGGGUUUGCAUGGGUUGGUGUGGGGUGGCGUGGGGUAGCAUGGGGUGGGAUGGCAUGGGGUGGGUUGGCAUGGGCGAGGACAACGUGGUGAACCAGAAGGUAGCCACCACCAUGCUGGCGCGCAUGGGGUACGACUGUACUGUCGCCAGCCACGGCCAGGAAGCCAUCCUGCGGUUACAGGCGCACCCCUUCGACCUCGUGCUCAUGGACGUGCAGGACCCCCCUCUUCCCCACUCACUCACUCCUUCCGGAUGCCGCCGGCAUGGAAGCCAAUAUUACGCACCCCAAACGUCACAUCUUCCCCUUCCCUCUUUCCCCCCUUUCCAGAUGCCAGUGCUGGAUGGAAUCGAAGCCACGCGGCGCAUCGUCUCUCAGUGGCCCGUGUGGCGCCCUGCCUGCCCGCGCCCGCCCAUCUUCGCCCUCACCGCCAACGUGUUGGAGACGGACCGCGUGCGGUGCCUGGCGGCGGGCAUGGAGGGCUUCAUUGCCAAACCCAUCCAUGUCCACGACCUUGUCAGGGCUGUUGAGUUCGCCAGUACCCGCCGCCGCCAGCAGGAGCAGCGACAGCAGCAGCAGGAGGAGGAUAAGGAGCAGGGAGAGAGCUGA